AUGCCCUCUGCCGACAACAACCCGGACGCCGGCGCCGUUUCCUUCGCGCACACGACCUCGGCGCUGACGUCGUCGCAGACGGCCCAGCUGACCGCCGCCCUUUUCUCCGCCAACUCGAUUCCGCGCAUCCAGGCCGCGCUGCAGCACUCGCUCCAGGAGACAGGCUGGACGCACGCCCUGCGCGCCCACGUGCUCAACCUCCUACGCAGCGGCGAGUGCGGCACCUACGACGAGCUGAUGGCUCGCGUGCUGGAGGACACGCGGCAAGCCGCCGACGGCGACAACAACGGCGACGCUGCGAAGGAAACCAACGGCCACGCCAACGGUGAUGACAACAAGAAGAACGGAAAUGCCAGCGGAGGAGGCGCGGAGACGGGCGCGGCCCGGACCGCUGAGAGCAUCAGGAUCCCGGACAAGGCCGUCCGCGAGGGCAUCAAGGCGGUGCGGAAGGAAGUCGAGACUGUGUGCGAGAUCACGUUCGACUGA